CCCCCUGGCUGCUCCAGUCUGGCAGCCAGGCGGCCGCUGCCUCCGGCUGGAGCGGCUGCAGUUGGGAAGCGUCCCCCAGCCCCCGCGCAGUCGCCGGGAUGGGGACGCCACUGGCGGCUCCCGGCCUCCUGUUCCUCCUGGCCGGCACCGCCGGGUUCUGCCGGGCUUUCUUCUCCAUACCACUCCGUGUGUCCCACCCGGCCGCCCCCGGCGGGUCGCCGCCCUCCCCGGUGGUGCUGCGGCCGGGGAGCGGCAGCCGGCAGCAGGAUCCCGUCGGCGGCGCCAAUGGCUUGGCCCUGGCCUCGGAUCCCGGCGGCACCCUCAACUUUUUAGGGAUGGUGGACAAUCUGCAGGGGGACUCCGGCCGUGGCUACUACCUGGAGAUGCUGAUCGGGACGCCGCCGCAGGCGUUAAAUAUUCUGGUUGACACUGGGAGCAGUAAUUUUGCUGUAGCAGGUGUGCCUGAUCCUGAUGUCACCUCCUACUUCAAUGCCGCGCUGUCAAGUACAUACAAAUCUCAAGGGAUUGCUGUCACAGUUAAGUACAGUCAAGGGAGCUGGACUGGAGUGCUGGGUACUGAUGUCAUUACUAUCCCAAAAGGAGUAGAUGGCAGCUACACCAUCAACAUUGCUACCAUUCUUGAAUCGGAUAAUUUCUUCUUACCAGGGGUUAAAUGGCAUGGAAUACUUGGUCUUGCCUACAGUGCCUUAGCCAAGCCAUCAAGUUCUGUGGAGACGUUCUUUGAUUCUCUUGUGAGACAAGCAAAGAUCCCCAACGUUUUCUCCUUGCAAAUGUGUGGUGCUGGACUGCCUGUUUCUGGAAGUGGUACCAACGGAGGUAGUCUUGUUCUGGGUGGAAUUGAGCCAAGUCUGUACACGGGUGAUAUUUGGUACACACCACUCAAAGAGGAGUGGUACUACCAGGUUGAAAUUCUCAAACUGGAGGUUGGUGGACAGAACCUUGAAUUGGACUGCAGAGAGUAUAAUGCUGAUAAAGCAAUAGUAGACAGUGGGACUACUCUUCUCCGUCUGCCCCAGAAAGUCUUCACUGCUGUUGUGCAAGCGAUAGCUCGCACAUCCCUGAUACAAGAAUUCUCUUCUGGUUUCUGGACUGGUUCACAGCUUGCAUGCUGGGAUAAAACUGAAAAACCCUGGUCCCUAUUUCCCAAACUCUCCAUUUACCUGAGGGAUGAAAACUCCAGCAGGUCGUUUCGGAUCUCUAUCCUACCGCAGCUUUAUAUUCAACCCAUCCUUGGAAUAGGAGAGAAUUUACAGUGCUACCGAUUUGGCAUCUCUUCCUCCACAAAUGCUCUGGUUAUUGGUGCUACAGUCAUGGAAGGCUUCUAUGUAAUAUUUGACAGAGCCCAGAAGAGAGUGGGUUUUGCAGUGAGUCCAUGUGCAGAAGUUAAUGGCUCUCCAGUAUCCGAGAUCGAGGGCCCUUUCUCAACAGCAGAUGUUGCAAGCAACUGUGUUUCCAGCCUUACAUUCCAUGAACCAGUCUUGUGGAUUGCUUCCUAUGCUCUCAUGAGCCUGUGUGGACUUAUCCUCCUAGUACUGAUCAUCCUCCUCCUUAUUCCACCACGGUGUCAGCACAGCUACACCGACAAUGACGUAGUCAAUGACGAAUCCUCCUUAGUGCGGCAUCGAUGGAAAUGAGAAACUUGAUUGGGAAACCCGGGACUUAAGCAGAAUGAAGAACAAAGUACUUUGCCAAGGGGAAGAAGCCAAUGCCUCGGUCCUUUCUACAUUCACUACAAAUUGCUGUUGAAAUCCUGCCAGAUAACCCGCAUCUUAACUUUUUUAAGCUUUAUUUUCUAACGCUGAUUCUCAACCAAAGCACUGUUAACCACCCUUUACGUGCUACGGUGCUGGAUUUGCUACUGCAGUGAAGUGAGCCUUUAUGCUCUCAGCAGUACCUUCUUUAAAAAAAAAAAAAAAAAAAAAAAAAGAAAGAAAAAAAAGGAAAAGAAAAACAAAGGAAAAAAAAACCACCACACCAUGAUGUUCUUCCACUGUCUGAACAAAACUGUCCAUCCCUCUCAUACAAAAAAGGAGCUGUCAGUAUUUUCUAACUAAUCAAGCCCUAACUG